AGACACACAGCCGAUCGAAACCAAGUUGAGCAACACCCAAAGUGAUACUACUACAGAUUAUCUUGUUCUCUGACUGCUGAUCCACUCUUGUCAGUUUGUUUGAGCCAGUUUAGCGCUACUCCUUCCUACGUGGGAGAUGGCAUCCAACCAGGACCAGGCGAGCUUCCGCGCCGGCGAGGCCAAGGGCCACACCCAGGAGAAGGCUGGACAGGUGAUGGGCGCGGCCAAGGACAAGGCGUACGAGGCCAAGGACCGUGCGGCGGGCCUGGCGGGGCACGCGUCCGGGCAGGGGCAAGGCGCCACGGAGGCCACCAAGCACAAGGCCGGCGAGGCCACGGACAGGGCGUCCCAGACGGCGCAGGCGGCCAAGGACAGGGCUGCCGGGACGGCGCAGGCCGCCAAGGACAAGACCAACGAGACCGCCCAGGCGGCCAAGGACAAGGCGGCCGGGACGACGCAGGCGGCCAAGGACCGCACCGUCGAGGGCAAGGACCAGACCGGCAGCUUCCUCGGCGAGAAGACGGAGAUGGCCAAGCAGAAGGCGGCCGAGACGGCGCAGUACACGCAGGACAGGACCUACGACGCGGCGCAGUACGCCAAGGAGUCCGCCGUCGCCGGCAAGGACAAGACCGGCAGCGUGCUCCAACAGGCCGGCGAGACGGUGGUGAACGCCGUGGUGGGCGCCAAGGACGCCGUGGCCAACACGCUGGGGAUGGGCGGAGACAACAAUACCAACACCGCCAAGGACACCACCACCAAGAAGAUCACCAGGGAUCACUAGACUAGAUGCAUGCGCUCGCGCUUAAUUUGCUUUCCUUUCCUUCUCUUGAUACACAUUUUACGUUCCAGUUUCAUGAUUUCCGGACAAACAUCUUGUUGUAAACUCUGCUGCUCAGUGUCUUGGCCUCUUUUCGGUCCGUAUGGAUGUCUGACGGGAGAUGUAUCUUUGUGUUCGUCAGACUUCUCUUUUCAAGUUCUAUUUUGCUGUAAUAGUACUACUAAUAAAGAUCUAUUUUGUUC